CCUCAUUUGCAUUUCUCAAUGAGGAGAUGAUCGCGAGCCUGGCAGUGAACGGGAGCAACGGCGGAGGAGGCAACGCGAUGGGGCCAGGUAGCCGCAUAGGUCGCGGUAUGGCCCUGCACCGUUCCAAUUCCAGCCUGGAGCUGCCGCACAGUCCGGAUCCUGCAUCGCGCGUACCGGAGACGCCGCUGCGACGCGAGUACGGCUCGCAUGGUAGCAUCGACGUGGUGGCGCAGUCGGUGUCCGUGAGCGACAACCUGCUGGCGAUGCUGCAGGACUUCCGUCCCGGGGAGAAUCCCGCGACGGUCGGUCUGCGCGGGUCGACGGCCUCGGAUCUGAUGAUGCGUCGACAGCCGCAGCUCCAGCAGCACGCCGGCGACGCUCAAUCGGCGGCCAACGUCGACGUGGACGAGGUCUGCGGGCCCAGCGGCUCCAGUCCCAAGCUGCGCUUGAAGCUCAACCGGCUGUGGGGCAGCAACAAGCCACCGAGGACGAGCAGCGCGGCCAACACGCCGAGCGGCGAGGAGUUGCCGUGCACGAGUCCGGUCGUGUCGGCGGACCUCGAGGAGAGGCACAGGCGGCGCGCGUUCGCACACUACGACUGCCAGUCGCUCACCGCCAAUCUUGGCUACGCGGCCAAGCUCCGUGGCAUUCUGCUGGCGAGGAGAAGGAACACGGCCACCGGCGCGUCGGCCGCCAGUAGCCUCAGAGCAUCCACGCCGGACGAGGCGCCCGAAGAGGAUGCCGGCGAUGGCAAAGGUAACGAUCUCCUGGAGUCGUGUCCGUUCUUCCGCAACGAAAUAGGCGGCGAGGGCGAGCGCGAGGUAGGCCUCACGCGUCGCCCCCAGGGCAACGGUCUGCACCGUCCGGCCUUGGCCUACGGUGUCAGUGUGCUGGAGCCGGCGCCAGGCGAGACCCUCUGGAAGUACACGUGUCCGCUGCAAAAGCGACCACUGCCGAUCGAGAGCGUGGACGACGGCGCGCACUACUAUAGGCGCUACUUCCUCGGGCGCGAGCACCAGAACUGGUUCGGCAUGGACGAUCAGCUGGGACCCGUGGCGAUUAGUGUGCGCAAAGACACCCAGCAGUUCAGGAUCAUCAUCAGGACGUCCGAGCUGCUGACGCUCAGAGGCUCCGUGCCCGAAGAGGCUAUACCCGGCUCCAAGUCGUCCAACGGCAAGAUCCCCACGCGGGAGAUUCUCGAGAUGGUGGCUCCGGAGGUGCAGAUGAGCUGUCUCAGAUUGGGAACGCCGCCAGCCGAAGAGGCCGUCGCGAGGCUCGACGAGCAAGGAUUGUCCAACAGAUACAAAGUGGGCGUGCUCUACUGCAGAUCCGGACAGAGAACCGAGGAGGAAAUGUACAAUAAUCAGCACGCCGGACCAGCUUUCCUCGAGUUCUUAGACUCCGUUGGCCAAAGAAUAAGACUGCGAGGAUUCGAGGGAUACAAGGCGGGCCUAGACACGAGAACCGACUCGACGGGCACGCAUGCCGUGUGCGCGACUCACCGCGGAGCGGAAGUCACCUUCCAUGUUUCGACGAUGCUUCCUUUCACACCGAAUAACCGUCAGCAGCUACUUAGAAAGCGGCACAUUGGCAACGAUAUAGUCACCAUUGUCUUCCAGGAACCAGGAGCACUACCCUUCAGUCCGAAACGGAUACGAUCGCAGUUCCAGCACGUGUUCAUCAUAGUGCGCGCGGUAAAUCCGUGCACGGAUAACACUCAGUACCGCGUGUCGGUGUCGCGCAGCAAGGAAGUGCCGGUGUUCGGACCGCCAGUGCCAGCCGGUGCAACAUUUUCCAAGGGCAAACACUUUGCCGACUUUAUCCUCGCCAAGGUGAUCAACGCCGAGAACGCGGCUCAUCGAUCCGAGAAAUUCGCCACGAUGGCUACUCGCACGCGACAAGAGUAUCUGAAGGACCUAGCUAAUAAUUACUCAUUGACGACUAUUGUUGAAUCUGGCCAGAAGUUUUCGAUGCUGUCGUUCAGCAGCAAAAAAAAGUCAACGCCACGACCACGUUUGUCAUGCGACGCCUCUCAACGCGGGGCAAUUUGCUGGCAAGUUAUACUCGAAGAUAGCAGUCAAAAUACAGACUGCUAUCUUGGCAUUAGCAUCGACACGAUAGUCUUGAUAGAGGAGCACUCCAGGCAAAUCGUCUUCGUCACACCUUGCAUCAGUGUUUUAGGAUGGCAUGCUCAGACGAACAGUCUACGACUCUACCACCAUCAGGGCGAGUGCAUAACGAUACACGUACGAGGCGACUGUAGCGAUCGAGAUGAACUGAUGGAAAUCGUAGCUCGUCUGCGUGCAGUAACCCAAGGUGCUCCAGCAUCAGAACUGUCCCUCAAAAGGAACGCGCUAGGUCAGUUGGGAUUUCAUGUACAGCCCGAUGGAAUCGUAACGCAAGUGGAAAGCAUGGGCUCAUCUUGGCAAGCUGGCCUUCGACAAGGAUCCAGACUGGUCGAGAUCUGCAAAGUUGCCGUGUCAACGCUGAGCCAUGAUCAAAUGGUCGACCUACUUAAAACGAGCGCUCAAGUCACUGUUACUGUCAUACCACCCACAAACGACGGAACUCCCAGACGAGGCUGCUCGCUCUCAAACUGCCAGUAUUUGUCGGCGAAUUACGAGGGGGAUUACGAGAAUAUAACGAACCCGGAUAACACGCCGAGCCAGCAGACGGCUAUGUCCCAUCAAAGGAGGUACGAAAGGUCAUUUAGUCCUCCGCGAUCCAGUAACAGCUCGGGCUAUGGGACGGGCUCGAGCUCCAGGUCGUUCAACGAUCCGCGGUUUCCCAUUGAAGGUACUAUGACCAGCAGCAGCAGCGGACACAGUAGCGCUGACGAUCGAUGGUACGAACUAUUGGAAAAUCAAGAUCAAGAUCCAUCGCACCGAACAGAUGGUACACCUCCCCCUUUACCUGCUAGGCAAAAUUUUCAAAGCGGCACCUCGAAUAAACAUAACACAUUCACGCCAAAAAAAGAAAAGGAGUCUCAUUACGCUACUGGAAAAAAUUAUGACAACAUAAGGCAUCACAAUCAUCUGCAUAAUCAUGAACUUAAAGAGAGUAAUUAUGUUUCACCGAGAUCCAUUCAUGAGAGCAUUCGACAUGAUAAUUAUCAGAGACUCGAGAAUGUUCAUCGCAAUCAGGAUCACAUAAGUACCAGUUAUGUAAAGUUGCAGAAAGAAAAGUAUGAGACAAAGCAAGAAAAUAUCUAUACUUCCCAGCGCGAAUUGCAUAAAAAUGAAGGACACCAAAAAUUAGCUGUUUCAAAUUCCCUUCCAAUACAAAAUACGCCUUAUGGUUUACCAAAGUCAACCAGCAAUAACAAUCUUGUUCGAUAUACUGAGCAUGAUCAAGCUUCGUUGAGUCAUGAAACUAAAGCUGAUCGAAGUUCUAAAUCUUACGAUGUCUACGAAGAAAAUAGAAUUAGCUGCGAGGAAAAGUACGAAAGACGGCGAAGCAAAUAUGAAUCAGAAAUAUUACAACAAAUUGAAUUAAGCAGCGAACGGAAAGAUGAACAUGAAAUUCAACAUCCUCAGGAUUUCAAAGUCGGUGAAAAAGUAACGUGCCUUAAAACAACCAUGUCCGAAAGGCCUGUGCCACACAAGGUGAGCAUCGAAUAUAGACCUAAGGAUUUUGCCUCAAGUUUGCCGCCCGAAGUUCGAAUGGCUGAUAGCAAUGCUACCGAUAUUUCUACUUUGCCUAGUGAAGAUGAACUGUCCAAUGGAUCAGGCAGCAUCUCACCUAGACUUCGAAGAGCUAACAAACAUCGUCCUGGCAAUUUGACUCCGUCAAGUACUGGAUCGCGUAAUCAAAGUCCAAGACCAAAAUCAGCUGCUAGAAGUUCUCACAGGAAUUCGGCAAAUUUGACAUCUAGUACUCUUCAGGAAGACCUCAUGAAACUUAUAAAUCCAGAUUACAUAGCAGAUGAUGGUCAUUUAGUGAAUAAUCACAAUACAAAGAACAAUCAAAAUUCAAAUAAAGUUAACAAUAAUAUGUUAGAGAUUCAGAACAGAUGUAGAUCACGCGAAAACUUGUGUGGAAAUAGUACAUCGACUUUGAGCGUAUUGCCUAAUGGAUCGCAAGAAAAUGGGAAUCCUGGUUCUGAAGUUAUUUUAACAAUGGCACGUCCAGCAACUGUUAUAUCGAAUGCCAGUACAGCAUCGAGUCCAGCACCUAGUGAGAACAAAUUGACAAAAGAGGAGAGGCUUUCUCCAAGAGUAACCAAAACACCCCAACAAAUGUCUAAAUCUACAAGUAAUUACGUUAAUAAAGAAAUUAGGAGUUCUCAUGAAAUCGAUUCCGAUUUUCGAAGCACUAAUCACCAAGAUGAGUCUAAUAACAAAGCUCCGAAACAUAAUCAAGAAUGGUCCGAAGAAAGAAUUGUAGAUGGAUCAAAUACCAUUGCAAAUUCAGUGACAGACUUGCAGAGUCAUCUGUCAAGCCUGGAGAUACGCGUGGCACGCGAAACACGCCGCAGAGUUUCCUUGGAAGAAGAAGUUCGUCGGUUGAGAGAUGAAAAUCGCCGUCUGCAAGACGAAAACCAUGCGGCGACACAACAUAUUAAGCGUUUCACCGAAUGGUUUAUGAUUUAUUAUCAUUGAAUACUCUGUAAAAUUAUGUUGAUUUUUAAUUUUUAAGUUGAAAAAAAAACUCGUAUUUUUUAAUUGGUUCCGGUGACCAAACAUUUAUUUCAGAUGACGAUUCGAAUUUUUAACGAAGCUUAGCCCUGAGUAUGGUUAAGUUCGCUUGUUUCUUUAAAUUGCUUUCAUCGUGUUAACAUUUUAAAGUAGAUUUUACGAUAACUUGGCUGACUGUUAUGACGGCUGCUGUUUUUACCUUAUUUCAUUUUCACAAUUUUUUAUAUGAAAUUAGUUUUUAUGUUCUCACACAAUGUCGUAUGAAAACUAGGUCUCAUUUGUUUGUAUUUAUUUCGAUCUUAUGUGAAAUACAGUAUUAAUAUGUACUCUCGUUGAUCAUUGUAAUCUAUAUAAUGCACUGUAAAAUAUUAUUAAAAAUCGUUAUUUUUUAGUUUUUAUUAUAAAACGUUACCAUAAGUGAAGUCGUAAAAUGAUUUUUUUUAAUAAAGCCACAGCGAUACAGUAGUUAGAGAUCAAAAACGAGAUAAAAGCAAAUGGUUAGCUAUAUUCAAUUCUGCAUAGUUAUGUAAUUAUUACGCAAAACAAAAGAUGACCAAAUAUUACCUAUACUAUUAAAAAAUUAUUAGGUAUUUUAUUUAGAAUAUAGUCGUUCUAUAAUUUAUUAUACGUUUUAUAUUAUAAGUACGACAUAACGAAAAAAAACUUGUAAAA